AUGGCCCAUCGACCACCGAAUCACUUGUUUGCCAGAUAUCACGAACUGGUGGUCAUUAUGGCCGACCCACUCUCAAUUGCCUCGGGCGUUGCCGGGCUGCUUUCGCUUGGAAUUCAAGUCACCCAAUCUCUAGUCAAUUUUUACACAACAUACAAGGACCGAGACACAGAUGUGACAAGGAUAACCCACAGUAUCGAUAAUCUUCAGGCGCUCUUCAGAGCCCUUGCCGUCGCAAUCGAGGAACGCCGAACGCAGCCCGAUACCCAAGAUUUACUCCUGGAAGUCGAGAAGGCAGUGCAAAAAUGCGAGGAAGUCAUCACCGACCUCCAGGGAGAAUGUGACCGCUUCUACAAAGACGCCGUCGCUGGUUUCAAAGAUCGCGUCAAAACUGCUGGGCGCCGUGCGGCCUAUCCGUUUCGAAAAGGUACCCUGUCUCAACUCGAAGAAGACGUUGGAGUGUUAUACAACAUGAUCCAAUAUGACAUAGCGGAUAUCAAAUCGAUUUUUGAGCGAACGAAUGCUAGCCAUGUCUCAUUCACAAUUCGCUCCUGGCUUAUGGCGCCGGAUGCAUCUCUGAACCAUAACCCAAAUUGCGCUAAAUGCCAUCCAAGCACUGGUCUUUGGUUCGUUAAUGGCCAUCAAUUUCAGAACUGGCUAAAAGAGAGCAACUCCUUCUUAUGGCUGAAUAGUUUCGCGGGAUGUGGAAAGUCGGUUCUCUGCUCUACCACAAUUCAGUAUUCUUUUCAGCAUAUGCGACAGAAGGGUGGUGCAGUAGGAAUCGCGUUUUUCUACUUUUCAUUUAGCGACGACCAGAAACAAGACGACAAUGGCAUGUUGCGUACUUUGCUUCAACAGCUAUCAGCACAGCUAGUACCGGAUGGGGACAGAGAUCUCAAGCAACUAUACGAAUUAUAUUAUUCUGGCUCACCCUCAGUGAACGUGCUGCUUGACUCACUACACCGCCUUCUCAGAAGAUUCAGCGAUGUUUAUAUCUUGACCGAUGCUCUAGACGAGAGUCCACGAUACUCUAAAAGAGAAGGUGUUUUAAAAACGAUAGAAGCGAUACGCGGGUGGUCAAUACCCAGCCUCCACCUUCUAGUUACAAGUCGGAAUGAGCUAGAUAUCCGUGAAUCUUUAAACCCUUUGUUAGAUCAAAAUGUUUCGCUUCGAAGCUCAGAGGUCGAUGGAGACAUAGAAAGCUUUGUCUCUUAUCAACUCAAAAUUGAACAGAAACUACAGAAAUGGAAAGCUCGCCACACUGAUAUCAAGGAAAAGUUAACGGCCGGUGCACAAGGAGUGUUCAGAUAUGUCGAAUGUCAAUUCAACGCUUUUGGGCGAGUGCGAAACCGGAACCAGCUUGAUGAAUGCCUGCGAACUUUGCCCCGUGAUCUAGAUGAAACAUACGGGCGAAUCCUUUGCAGUAUUGACGCUGAGUACAUUGAGGACGUUCGCCGAGUUUUGACUCUACUAUGCUUCUCUGCCCGCCCGCUCACGGUAAAUGAGUUGGUCGAUGCUCACGCCGUUGAUAUCAAUGAGCCACCGCAGCUUGAUCGUGACGGUCGCUCGUACGACAAGGAUGAUCUUAUCGACAUUUGUCUCGGUCUCGUGGAGGUCGUGGUCGCUGAACAAGACUCGGACGAUGAGGAGCCAACCUUUAUUGCUAGCAUAGCACAUUUCUCCGUUCAAGAGUAUCUUCAAUCAGAGCGCAUUUUACAACAAGGCUCCAGGUCCUUCGCCAUGGCAAGUGCCCUCGCGAAUAAGGAAAUAGCCCAAAUAUGCUUGGUGUACCUCUUAGAGCCAGGCCUCUCCGCCGGCAUAUUCGAUGUGACAAAGACAAGAAAUUUUCCUUUUGCACAUUUCGCGGCUGUGCAUUGGUUUGAUCAUUAUACGAAUUCCAUGGAAGGACAGGAUGCAGUCGAGCCACUAGUGUUGACGCUUUUGACGGAGAACAAAGCGGCCUUUCCUCUGUAUUACGGAGCACUUUUGGGAUUGGAAUCCAUUAUUCUCAGUUUCCUGCCACCUGGUACCAAUGAUACUAAGAAGGCAUCGGAUACAGUCAAUACCCAAGGAGGCUUCCUUGGCAAUGCGCUCGAGGCCGCAUCAUCCAAUGGCCACGAACAGGUGGUACUUAUACUACUCGAUCAAGGUGCGAAUAUCAACGCCCAAGGUGGGUACUAUCACAGUGCGCUCCAGGCCGCAUCGGCCAAUGGCCAUGAAAGGGUGGUAGAGAUACUACUCGAUCACGGUGCGCAUAUCAACGACCCAGAAGGGUAUUCUUAUGGCAAUGCACUCGAGGCCGCAUCAUUCAAUGGCAAUGAAAAGGUGGUACAACUGCUACUUGAUCAAGGUGCAAAUAUCAAUGCCCAAGGCGGAGAUUAUGGUAAUGCACUCCAGGCCGCAUCAGCCAAUGGUAAUGAAAAGGUGGUACAAAUACUACUUGAUCAAGGCGCCUAUAUCAACUCCCAAGGGGGGCAAUUUGGCAAUGCACUUCAAGCUGCAUCAAGAAAUGGAAAUGAAAAACUGGUGCAAAUAAUGUUGGAUCAAGGUGCGAAUGUCAACGCGGAUGGCGGGAUUUAUGGCACUGCACUCCAGGCCGCAUCGGUAAAUGGCAAUGAAAAGGUGGUACAAAUACUACUUGAUCAAGGUGCGAAUAUCAACGGCCAAGGCGGGGUUCAUGGAAAUGCACUCGAGGCCGCUUUAGUAAAUGACCACGAAGUGUUGGUGGAAAUGCUGUUGGAGCGAGGAGUUGAUCUUGAUACCAAGGAUUCUGUGUUUGGGUUCUCGGCACUGUCACGGGCUGUGAGAAACGGCUACUCUGUUAUCAACAAACCUUCGCUCUGGAUAAAUAAGAUUGGACUUGAUGUGCAAGAUAAUUGUGGCCGGGGCCCAUUGUUCUAUGCAGCCUGGCGAGGAAGUGCGACUUUUCUGAGCGCGUUUCUCGCUGCUGAUGAUAUUGACCCGGACCGGAAAGAUCGUUAUGGAUUAACGCCGCUGUCAGUCGCUGACGACCAUGACAUCUUUCGGAGGAUGAACUAUGAUCUUUUGGAUUAG